GAUUCAGUUGACGAAUAUUAUUAGACCAGGACUGACGCUGCGCCGGUAAAUAAUGGCUGAACGAUUUACCGAAUUGCAAAUGUUUAAGCUAGUUGAAAUAUAUCAAGAAUACCCAUGUUUAUGGAAUGUUACUAACGAAUUAUAUAAAAACCGGCAAGCAAGGGAAAGUGCAUACAAAGAAAUUUGGGAAAAGCUAAACAUCCCUGGCCUCACCAUAAAAGAUAUACCGAAAAAAAUUAAAAAUAUGAGAUCAUCUUACUACCAGGAAAUAAAAAGAAUCGAAAAAAGUACUAAAUCAGGCUGUGGACCAGAUUCUAUCUAUCAACCAAAGGUUGCGUGGUUUACAACAGCUGAUGGAUUUUUAAGGAUCGUCAGAAAUUAUCAAGAAAUAUUCUGGAAUAUGCAUGAAAAUUCAAAUACAACUUCAGAUAAUUCCGAAAUACAAAAUUACGACUACAGUUUAAAUGAUGAAAUAUCAAACUCCGCAGCAGAUUAUUCGAGUAAUCCAGAUGAAAUCGAUGACACGAUAUGCAAUUGUAGUCGACAAAACGAAGAAUUACCUGAAUUCACUGCACCAUCAACGAAAGCAUUUAAAAAAACGAAGAAGAAAAAAGAUGAAGACAUAUUUGUAGCUAUUGAAAGAUUAGAUAAAAUUGCAAACACAUUAACAAAUGCAACGAAUUUACUUAUCAAUCACAAAGAAGAUGAAUUUGAUGUUUUUGGAAAAUACAUAGCAAUGAGUUUACAUGCUUUGCCACUGGAACUAGGCAUUUUGGCGAAAACAGAUAUUCAAAAGGCAUUAUCAGAUAUUCAAAUUAAAGCUUUAAGACAAAACACUCAAAAUCCAUUAUUAUAUGCAGCUUCCACGUCUUAUAAUCCUCAUGCGGAGAGUCCCCAAAUGCCGGCUAACGAGGGUCAUAGCGAGUCUCUAAUAAUGCCUAAAGAAACAGAAAAUAACACAAAUUAAAACCACCGUACGGUAACCGAUAACAAAGAAAAGAAAAAUGUUGCGCACCUGUUGAAGUAUCGCUAAUGUAUUCCAUAAAUUAAAUCCAGUUAUUUUGAAGUAGUUUAAAGUAUGGGAGCGCCAGCUUGGGGUUCGCGUGGCGGCGACCGGCCGCGGCUACUACGCAUGACGCCGCUGCGUCACAGUUUCGCCGCGCCAGCCACGCCGCCCGCGCCGCAGCCACCGCCGCGCACGCACGACUACGCCUCCGAUGCUGAUACUAAUAAGAAAGAAGAAAGUUGGAAUGCGAACCUAUCACAGAGAUGGCGAAAGCUGCGCCGGCGUUGUUCACGCCUGCGCCCCGGCUCUGGCAACCGCGAGCCGAGCCCCGUGCGCUGCUCCCCCUCUCCGCCGCGCCCGCCGCCGCACUGCUCACCCGCGCCGCCUGCCAAGCUCUCCUUCAGGCAUCGCGGCAAGGUCUAUACCACAGCGUCCCUUCGCGUCACGAGCGGAGCCCCGGACUUACUGAGAGCUCUAGGCAAACUGGGAGGAGGCCUGCGACGACGAGCGCUCUCGGCCCACGACGUGCUCGCGCCGCCGCAGCAGCAGCCGGCCACAUUUUACGUGCCCAGUCCGACGACGGAGCGACAAACCUCCUCGCCGUCUCCGCCCAGGCAAUCGGCGACACUCCGUCGACGAUGCAGCUCUCCUAACGUGUACCGAGCUAAUAAGGACGCGCCUCGCGAUCGAGCUCCCCUUAUUCACGACGAUGAAAAUCGAGACGUGGUCGAUUACAGUUACGGUAUGGACCGCAGGAGGAGCUGCAAAGACGUUCGGAGUCGACCGUACAGCGAGAACGUGGACUUAGAUGUUCCAUGUCGGAACGGCUAUAAUCGUCUGACGGCGAACAUGGCUGACAGACUGUGGGAGGAGCCGUACAGGUUGCCGCGGGUGCAGGCUCGGCAGGAGCCGAUGCAGCAACUGCGCAGCGGUGUGGCUGAGUUGCGGGUGAGCGCCGCGCCACGCACCCCUCGCACUUCCCGCCCGCCUCCUGCGCCUCCAGCUGCAGCACAAAAGCCCAGCAAACGGCCGCCAGCACCUGAACCAAGGGACACGCACACGUUUGAGGUGCGAUUCACCAAAUCGGCUGGCGGAAAAGGUUUAGGGUUUAGCAUAGUGGGGGGUCGGGACUCGCCGCGCGGUGACAUGGGUAUUUUCGUCAAGACAAUAUUCAACAACGGACAGGCGGCUGAAUCUGGUCUACUCCGCGAAGGAGACGAAAUACUGUCAGUGAAUGGGCGUGGGACGGCUGGCCUGACGCACGGUGAAGCUAUAAGAUUAUUCAAGGAUGUUCGAGCAGGGCCCGUGCUGAUCAGGGUGACACGGAGAGCGCCUGUUCGCUGACUGCCCUGCGCCUGCUGUGGCGACACCUCGCCGCUCCAGGCGCCAGAACCUUCAAAUUAUUCUACUCUGUAACUCUCCGAUAGAUGUCGCUAACCAACUAUGACAAAGCUAUUCGUAGUUUCAACAAUGAAUCGGUAGAUGGCGUUUUUAAUAUAUGGACGAAGAAAAUAAUUAAAGUUUCUUCAACUUUGUUAACUUUAACUUAAAGUCAACUUUAACUUUGUCAGAUUGGUUAAUAUGGUUUAUUUGAAACUAUUAUAAUGUAACAUAUUAAUUCAUACCGGUAAUGGCAAGCUGUUUUUAGACUUACAAUUUCCUGACAAACAUUAAUAGUACUUUGUAAGCAGUUUGUAUGGAAAGUUUAUUUUUAUUUCAUUUAAAUUUUAGUUCUUUACAAAUUGGAACAAAUACAAGUACAGAUUAUUUAAUUUUAAACCAUUGCACAAUAAAUAGUACAUCAAGUAGUUAAAGUACAAUAAGGUCAUAUCAGCGUUUAUAAAAGGAGGUAAGGACUCCAUCUUUAAAAUUAUAAUUUGUAAAAUGUCACAAGUUAUUACCAAAGACAAGAAAUUAAUAUCUUUUCAAAUGAAUAUUACGUUAUAUUCUAUAACUUUGUAUUUCAUUCGGAUUUAUGUGAUACAGAGCGUGUAAAGUUUAGAUUUUUUUAAUGGGUGGCUCUAUGUCGCCCUCUGAUUCCUUAAAAAAAAAAUAGUCAAGGACUAUGUCAGCUACUUAUUAAGCUGGGGCGUACCAUCUUUCGACUGCAUCAACGCUUUCUACAGGUGGGAUCACGAUCCCUUGAUCACUUGACCGUGGUCAAGCGCUAGUAACAAAUAUAAAAAAAAACUUGGUGAUAGAUUAGAUAUGUUUCUGAGGAAUAAAUGUGAAUUAUUAUAUAUACCUGUUUGAUGUCACAUCGCUGUUUUAAAACGUAAAAGUAGGCUUUCACUGUACUAAACCUAUUGUGAUUUUUUAAGCAGAUAACAAUAGUGAUGUCAUUUUUUUGUUUACAAGUGUUCUAUAGGACGUGUUUCAUUUGUUACAGUAAUGUAAAGAUUAUACUGCUAUGGGUUGAAUAUAAUAUAACAAUAAUUUGUAAGAAUAUAAUUUAUAAAGAUAUGCAGAUACAUAAUUAUGGAUUUAAACAGAUAGUCUUGUUAUCUCUUAAACAUAAUAUUCGUAGAGUGAUAAGACUAUAUAAGUAUGUAAAAAUGAUAUCUUUUAUUAUAAGUAUGUAAGAUUAUUGUGCCUACAAUGCAGCUUCCCAAAGCACACAAACACGACACAAUUUGGAUAAAAUUGUCUGUGAUAAAUGAAUUCAAAGUUGAUUUGAAUAUAACGAGCCUAGUUUAUAAUAUUAAUUUAUUUUUAUACGUAAAUGUAGAAUAAUUUAGUUUUGUUAAUAUAUGUAUUUUGUAUUAAAUUUUAUAUUUAUAUUGUUAACUAACAUAUAAAGUAACGUCGUGAAAUGCUUUACUUUUGGAUAGUUUUAUAAAAGCAAUGUAAAAUAAGGUACAUAUAUUUAUAAUAAUUUACGCAAUGUAAUUAGAAUUA